AUGAAAAAAAAAGAGGACAUAUUGUUAUUACCAACGCAACCGUCACAAUGGAGAAUAAUACAAGUAGUUACUACAAAUUCAAUUCCCUCUUCAACGUCUCCAUUUGAAAAUUAUAACGAUUUUGUAAGAGAAACUCUUUGUCCAAUUGCUCUUUUAACAGUAAACUUCAGAACAAACAAAGGUGAAAUCAAAAUAUUAUGUUACGCUGAUGACGCUGUAUUGAUAUCCGAAAACGAAGAUGAGCUACAAAGAUUAUUACAUCGGUUUUAUUUAUCUGCUAAAAAGUACAACAUGGUGAUCUCAACGGAAAAAACAAAAUCACUCGUAGUAUCGAAAGAUCCCAUCAGAUGUAAAUUAGCCAUCAACGACAUUAUAAUAGAACAAGUUAUGUCCUUCAGAUAUCUUGGAGUGGAAAUAUCUUCAAACCAAAACCGUGAAGCAGACAACCGCGCACAAGUAAACAAGGCGGCAAGAGUGUCCGGAUGUUUGAAAGAUAUUAUAUGGAAAAAUAAGUACAUGAACCCCACAUCAAAAGUCAAAAUUUACAAAACAUGUGUAAGACCAAUUAUGACUUAUGCAGCAGAAACAACAUCAGAAACAUAUAGAACCAAAACUAACAAACGCACUGCAGAAAUGGCGAUUCUACGUAAUAUUAAUGGCUCUACAUUGCGAGAUCGUGUCCGCAGUUCUGAUAUAAGGAAAUCUUUAGAAAUCCAAGAUGUGGUUAGAUGGGUGAGGGAAAGAAGACGUGCUUGGAACGAUCAUAUAUCUAGAAUGGAUACCAGCAGGAUCGUAAAAAUAUCCAAAGAAGGAAUACCGGGCACCAACAGACCUCCAGGACGACCGCCCAAAAGGUGGAUGGAUAGCUGGACUUCUACCUCACAGGAGGCUAAUUAG